AUGGCGCCCAUACGCCGCUACCUCCGAAUCACAAAGUACUCGGUCUUGGAAUGCCGCAUCUACCUGGACAACCCCGCACUGGCCCAGACCUGGCUGCUCAACCCACGGGACCCUGUCCUCCCCAAGGUCAUCGAGAGCGUGCGGCCGCUGGUCCUGCCAAAGCUCCUCGAGGAAAAGGAGCGCGAGCGGAGCAGGAAGAAGAACAAGAAACGCAGCAUCAAGGACGUUGUUAUCGAAGACGACUUUGAGGUGUCGAUCUUCCUGACCGAGACCGACACGCGCCACUCGCUGCUGCACAAGAGGAGGCUGUUCCGCGACAAGAUACAGACCCGGCUCACGUCCAACUCGUCCCGGCUGGUGGGCGCGUCCCGCGAGGCGCCGAUCGACGUGGAAUUCGGCGACAUUGACGUCCCCAUACUCCGUGAGGACGGCAAUGAUCAAGAUGCCAUCAACCUGACCGACAUCCCCAUGGCGGAUGAAACAGCGCCUGACUCAGAACCGGCCAAUAGGAGGCCAAAAAGACGACGCCCCCGCGGGCAGGGGCAAGAGGCGGAGCGACGCUCCGAGGGCGGGAGUGACGUCGAGGUCGUCGAUGAUUUAUCGGCCAAUCAGAUGUUUGUGGGCGGCGGAGAGAGCGACGAGAGCGAUGCCGAGACCAACCAGCCGCCGACAAAACGCCGCAGGGAAAAGGCGGCCGACGUGGGCGACACGGCAGAGGGGGACGACAAGAAGAAGAUGGCCAUGGAUGUUUCGUACGAGGGCUUUGCCAUUUACGGACGGGUCCUGUGCCUCGUCGUCAAGCGGCGCGGCGACGGCGUGGGCAGAGGUGUCAGCUCAGCCGUCUUCUCCGGCAAUAAAUCUCAGACCGGUCGGCCUGGCGGCCAGGCCAUGAUGGAAAAUUGGAUUGCAUCGACGCAGCUACCCGAAGAGGCGGCGGCCGAGAAU